ACUGCUGCAAUCAGCAGCAAUGCGGGACGAAGGCCUUCACGCCUUCAACGAUCGUCUUUCACAAAGUUGUUCGACGGAUUCAGCAAUUAGAGAGUGAUUUUGAGCUGUCUCUAGCGGCAAUUGCUCGCAGUUUGGUGUGAAUCGUAUAGCGCAAGCAACUAAUCCGAUCAGCAAGAGCAGUAAUCGUGGUAGCCAGGCUGUUGGCGGUAAAGGUCGACAUCGUUUUUUCUGGGAUUAGGGCUGCGGGGAAAUUUUUUUGAGGUGGAGAGAUGGAGCAUCAGUCUGCGGAAUUGGACAUAGAGUCGCUGCGGUUGUGGUUCCAGUCUGUCGAUACGGAUAACUCUAAUUCCAUCAACGUCGAUGAGCUUCAGGUAGCUUUGGAAGCGUCGAAUUUACGGUUCCCUAAAACAAUUGUGGCGCAGAUGAUCAGAAUGUACGAUGCGGAUCAAAAUGGUGCCAUGUCUUUUGAAGAGUUCACUAAGCUUCACAAUUUUCUCAACAUGACACAUCGUGCAUUUUCAAAUGUUGCCAGGAAUCAACAAUCUCUGUCGUUGAAUGAGGUCUAUAUGGCCUUGCAUCAGGCAGGAUUUUCUCUGGACCAGCCGUCAUUCCUUACGACUUGUCAGAGCUUUGAUUCGAAGCGAUCAGGGAAGUUCCAGAUUAAUGAUUUCAUCUCUAUAUGCAUCUUUCUGCAAUCGGCCAAGAAUCUGUUCACUGCGUUUGAUACCACCAAACAAGGGCGCAUCACCUUAGAUUACAAUCAAUUCGUUUAUUGUGCCGCAAACUUGCGAAUUUGAAAGCCAUUCACUUGCACUGAAAUUUUUGCUCGAAAUCAGCAUCGAAGAUUUGAGCAAGUAGCAAUCAAGCAAAUGGAGCUUAGUAAGUAUCGUUCCGGUGAAUCCUACCUCAAAAUCUGAUGACGGAUAUUGAGGCUUUCAAGAACACAGCUCACGCAUUGUAUUCUCAUGUACCUUUGCAUAAAACGAAUGUCCGUUUGCUAACUAUGUUCUAGGUCACAAGUUUAGAUUGAACUUGAGCAUGUGGGUAGAUCAUGAUCUUAGAAUUUGACCUUGUCCUUUCAGAAGCUGUGGAGUGUAGACUUUGUUCAAGUAGCCUGUGUAAUUAUAUCGGUGUGUCCAAACCAUCAAUACAACGCCAUGUGAACUUUGUAAGAAUAGAGCAUGCAAUCUACCUGUGCUCUGCUUGUUGUCUUAUCCUAA